UGCUGCCAACCCUCCCCGGGCUGAGCUCGCUCUGCCGCCGCCGCCGCCGCCGCCGCCGCCUCACCGAGCAGCCUCGUCGGGGCCCCAGUGCGCCGCGUUCGCAGCCGGUAGCGCCCGGGGCGCUCGCUCGGGGGCCGCGCAGCCCAAGACCGGACCGCGGAUAGGAUAGGGGGCGAGGGCGGCGUCCAGGCGCCUCGGCGUGCACCGGCAGGAUGAGCAUCGAGAUCCCCGCGGGGCUCACGGAGCUGCUGCAGGGCUUCACCGUGGAGGUGCUAAGGCACCAGCCCGCCGACCUGCUGGAGUUCGCGCUGCAGCACUUCACGCGGCUGCAGCAGGAGAACGAGCGCAAGGGCGCCGCGCGCUUCGGCCAUGAGGGCAGGACCUGGGGGGACGCGGGCGCAGCCGCCGGGGGCGGCACCCCCAGUAAGGGUGUCAACUUCGCCGAGGAGCCCAUGCGCUCCGACUCCGAGAACGGCGAGGAGGAGGAGGCCGCGGAAGCAGGGGCGUUCAACGCUCCAGUUAUAAACCGGUUCACAAGGCGCGCCUCGGUGUGUGCAGAAGCUUAUAAUCCUGAUGAAGAAGAAGAUGAUGCAGAGUCCAGGAUAAUACAUCCCAAAACUGAUGAUCAAAGAAACAGAUUGCAAGAGGCUUGCAAAGACAUCCUGCUGUUUAAGAACCUGGAUCCAGAGCAGAUGUCUCAAGUUUUAGAUGCCAUGUUUGAAAAAUUGGUCAAAGAAGGGGAACAUGUAAUCGAUCAAGGCGACGAUGGUGACAACUUUUACGUCAUUGACAGAGGAACAUUUGAUAUUUAUGUAAAAUGUGAUGGCGUUGGAAGAUGCGUCGGUAACUACGAUAACCGUGGGAGUUUCGGAGAACUGGCCUUAAUGUACAAUACGCCCAGAGCAGCUACAAUCACUGCUACCUCUCCUGGUGCUCUGUGGGGUUUGGACAGGGUGACUUUCAGGAGAAUAAUUGUAAAAAACAAUGCCAAAAAGAGAAAGAUGUACGAGAGCUUUAUUGAGUCGCUGCCAUUCCUCAAGUCUCUGGAGGUUUCGGAACGCCUGAAGGUGGUGGAUGUGAUUGGCACCAAAGUUUACAAUGAUGGAGAACAGAUCAUUGCUCAGGGAGAUUUGGCAGAUUCUUUCUUCAUUGUAGAAUCUGGAGAAGUGAAGAUUACUAUGAAGAGAAAGGGUAAAUCAGAAGUUGAAGAGAAUGGAGCUGUGGAAAUCGCUCGAUGUUUUCGGGGGCAGUACUUUGGAGAGCUUGCCCUGGUCACUAACAAACCAAGAGCAGCGUCUGCACACGCCAUCGGGACUGUCAAGUGCUUAGCCAUGGAUGUGCAAGCAUUUGAAAGGCUUUUGGGUCCUUGCAUGGAAAUUAUGAAGAGGAACAUCGCCACCUAUGAAGAACAAUUAGUCGCGCUGUUUGGAACAAACAUGGAUAUUGUUGAGCCCACUGCAUGAAGCAAAAGUAUGGAGAAGAAAGACCAUUAGUGAAACAGUUACACAGUAGUGCUUAGUCCACUGAGGGUGUGUCUGUGUAGAUGCCAAGCAUUUUCUGUGAUUUCAGGUUUUUCCUUUUUUAAACAAAAAAACAUUUACACUAUAUCAGUAAACAGUAGUGAUUUUAAUAGUCAAUAGGCUUUAACAUCACUUUCUAAUGGGUAGUUCAUAAAUUAACAUAAUCACAAAAAUGACUUUCUAUUUCAUAAAAUUGACUGAAAGGUUUAUUCAAAUGGUUAUAAUAUAUUGAAAGCAUACAUGUUUAAGAAGAUAAAAGAUGUACUCAUAGGCCAA